CUCUGAGGUUUCUCCGGCAUCGGCGCCAUGGCUCCGCAUUACCAGGCCACCACCCUGAUUGCCUCCCCGUCCUAUCCAGAUGCCAUCACCUGGUCAAGUGACAACUUGGUGGCCGUUGCCUCUGGCCACAUCGUCACUAUCCUGAACCCAGCAGCACUUGUGCUUCGCCCUAGGGACCCUUUUCCCAUUGGAGUGGUUAGCAGGGAAGAUCUCUUUGAACCAAGUUUAGUGCCAACGUCCACUACACGUGAUACUGAACCAUGUGCACGGUCAAUUUCCUGGUCUCAACAAGGAUUUGCUCCUAAUUCUGGUUGUUUGUUGGCUGUCUGUACUGUUGAUGGUCACGUGAAUCUUUACCGCCCGCCAGUUUCUGAAUUUUGUGAUGACUGGGUUAAGGUUGCGGAUAUAUCUCAAUUGUUGUUUAACUAUUACCAAAAUAUUAACUUCGGAGAGGAUGAUGGUCCAGAUUCAUUUCCUCAGGAAAAGGCAAAUAUUGAGCACGCUCCUCAGGACAGGUUAAAUAACAAGCACACACUAGACACAGGAUACGCCGGUGAAUUACAGGAACCUCUUUCUCGCAGGGGUCCUGGACGGAGAAAAAGGAAGCCAGUAAGGUGA